UUUUACAUUAUAUAAUGGGAAUAGGAAACAGUGCAUAUUUAACCUAGUUUGUCUCUUUAUCCAUAAACAGCACAUUUUUGGAAAUGGGGGAAUUUCUGGAACACAGUACGAGGACAACAUGCAAUACCCCAAAGGCUCAUCAAUGGGCCAGGGGCCACAGUUUGCAAACCACUGGAUUAAGACUUGCGACCUUUGCGACAGUGCAGUCAAUGGCGCAGGAAUCAGAAUACGGCAGUGUGAAGAAGAUGGCGCAGGGUGGCGAUGAUGCAGAGCUACUCAAGGAGAAGGCAAAUAAGUUCUUUAAAGAAAAAGACUAUGACAAUGCCAUUAAGUACUACACAGAGGCCCUGGAGGUUAAUCCAUCCAAUGCCAUCUACUACAGCAACCGAAGUUUGGCAUAUCUACGCACAGAGUGCUAUGGCUAUGCCCUGGCCGAUGCUACAAAGGCCCUGGAGAUCGACAAAAACUACAUCAAAGGGUAUUACCGCAGAGCCACGUCCAACAUGGCACUGGGAAAGUUCAAGGCUGCACUUAAGGACUAUGAGACGGUAGUAAGAGUUCGACCCAAUGACAAGGAUGCAAGAAUGAAGUACCAGGAAUGUAACAAGAUUGUAAAACAGAAAGCUUUUGAAAGAGCCAUCGCCAGCGACGAGAUAAAAAAGUCUGUUGUUGACUCUCUAGACAUCGAAAGCAUGACGAUUGAGGACGAUUAUGUAGGACCCAAACUUGAGGAUGGAAAAGUCACUGUAAAGUUCAUGAAGGAGAUGAUGGAUUGGUUUAAAGAUCAGAAGAAACUGCACAGAAAGUGUGCUUAUCAGAUUUUGGUGCAAGUUAAAGACGUUCUAUCAAAGCUACCCAGCCUUGUUGAAAUCACAUUAAAAGAGACGGAACAAAUAACUAUUUGUGGUGACACCCACGGGCAGUACUAUGAUCUCCUGAACAUCUUCAAGUUGAAUGGGUUACCAUCAGAGACCAACCCUUAUCUCUUCAAUGGAGACUUUGUGGAUCGCGGCUCUUUCUCCGUUGAGGUCAUUUUCACCCUCUUUGGCUUCAAGUUGCUCUACCCCGACAACUUCCACCUGCUUAGAGGUAACCAUGAAACAGACAACAUGAACCAGAUGUAUGGCUUUGAAGGUGAAGUGAAGGCCAAGUACACGGCUCAAAUGUUCCAGCUGUUCAGUGAGGUUUUCCAGUGGCUUCCUCUGGCUCAGUGCAUCAACACCAAAGUACUGGUUAUGCAUGGUGGACUGUUUAGUGAAGAUGGUGUCACAUUGGAGGACCUCAGAAAGAUUGAUAGAAACCGACAACCUCCUGACUCAGGUCCCAUGUGUGACCUUCUCUGGUCAGAUCCACAGCCGCAGAAUGGUCGGUCUAUCAGUAAGAGAGGUGUGAGCUGUCAGUUUGGGCCUGAUGUGACGGAGCGCUUCUUAGAACAGAACAAGCUUGACUUCAUUGUGCGGAGUCAUGAGGUCAAAGCAGAGGGUUAUGAGGUCACUCACUCAGGGAAGUGCAUCACCGUAUUCUCAGCGCCCAAUUACUGUGAUCAGAUGGGAAAUAAAGGAGCGUAUAUUCACCUCAGGGGAUCGGACCUCAAGCCAAACUUUCACCAGUUCACUGCUGUGCCUCAUCCGAAUGUCAAACCCAUGGCAUAUGCCAACACGCUAAUGCAGCUGGGGAUGAUGUAGAGGCCUCGCUCCAAUGUCCAUGACACUGACCACAUCCCAUCUGACCUGGACCAUCCCAACCACAUCACUUCCUCCAGUGCUCGGAAAUGCUUCAUGCUUGGCCCAUGAGAUAUCUCUCCCUGACAAACCUCCACUAGUUCUGCACAAAAUCCAUGUUAGGUAGUAACAAGAUGAGAAGAGGUCAUUUGUACCAACCGUAGCCCAGUAUAGAACUGUUCAAAUCCUCUCAUCUUAUCAGUUAUAACUGGAACACCAUAAUGUCUAUUUGUCUGCUCGUGUGGGCAAAAAAAUAAACUUCAGUUUGGGACAAGUUACAUGGGAGCUGCCUGGCUUUCAGUUAAAUGAUGUAACUCGGCAGAGGGUGUAAUGUAAUGGUAAUUACCAAAGAUCUGUGAUGGAAGAAAUUAUUGUUCAUUUAUUACACAAGCUGUAUUUUGACCCUGAAGUAUAGAAUUGUACUGAAUACAUGGAUUUUCGGCUAACUAGAUACAGAGCAGCAAGCUAAACAGUGUUUCCCAACACACCCUACAGUAUGUUAGUAAUUUUUUUCCUGAAAUCCCUCUCUAAGUAUAAAUCAUUAUUACACGUAUGAUACCACUGCAGAAAAAGACACAUGGUGUCUCUGGAUACACGUAAAGGUGCUGUUUGCCAUUAGUGGUGUAUUUAGCUGGUCAGUCAUGUAGCUGGUAACACUUAUAUUUGCACUGCUGCAAAACUUCCGACUGAGGAAGAUAUUGCUGCUCUUUAUCUUAUCAUCCCUGACUGUCAUUGUGCCACUCACUUGGCAGCUCUUGCACAGUCUUCUAUCCAAACUUGCUUUGGUUUAAGGUAAAGUACAGAGGGCAACUCAUUACCGGUGACUUUGGGCCCCACCUGCCUGGCCCUCUGCUACACAGAUGUCUCCAGAUCACAUAUGCUCAAAAUGCAUAUCCUGUCUUGAAACGCACAGCUGCAUUGUCCUAUGGCCCUCGACUUUUUAGAUAAAAGAAUACACUCAUGUGUAUGUAUAUAUACUGUAUCAUUUAAAGAUUCUGUGUAAUGUUUGGAGAAAAAACGUUGAAUUAAAAAAAAUCCAGUCCUGUGAUUUUAGAACUAAGCUGAUUUAGUUUGUCUUUGUAUCUGUUUUCUUUCUGGAUGGGUGUUCAAUGGGUGUGUAUUUAAAUACAUCACGCAUUUACAAGCCCUGUGUAACAGCAGCCUUUUGAAUACAGUGGUCAAAGUACAUUUUCACAGCCCUGCCAUUCCACUCCUGAAGUGUCUCCUUUCUUUGUUUAUGUAUUUAAUGCAAUGCCAUGACUCCUUGGCUGCAGAAUUCUGUUCUAUGGGUUUUUCAAUGCUUAAAAGCAAAUAAAUAAGUCAUUAUUUUACUGAA